GUGCCAAUGUGUUUUCUAAAGAAUUAUAAUUCGCUAUUUGCAAGCUGCCACCAUCAGAUUCUGACACAGAUUCGAGUUUGAUCGCGUUACCUCUGUUUGUCUUUGAAUCUCGUCUUUACACAGAAAUGGCUUUUGCGUGUAAAUUUAUGCCCGUGGUAAGUUUAAACAUUUUAAAUCACUCAUUUUAAUGCAAGGCAUUUUGAAAUAUUCUAACGUCAGAAAAAAAUCUUUCAUAGCUUUAAUUUAUAUACCGGGGAAUAAAUAUGCAUUUUACCUGAAUAGUACUUUUAACCCUGCGUCUUUAUUAUGGCACAAAAUAUUUUAUUUAACGGUGGAGAAAAUAUAUUUUGGGAAGGAUUAUCGAAUACAUGGAAAAAUUUUCUAACUUAUGCUUCAAAGUUAAUGUUAGAAGUUUUAAGUAGUCGAAGGUCUCCGUCGAAGACAAGGUCGUUCGAUUCAGCUUUAUUCAAAUGAUAUUUAUACUGUUAAAGCAAAAUCGACCUAUUUUCAAAUCGCCUCUUGAAGGACAUGUUUCUUGAUUUAAUAUCACAAAAAAGCGAACCGCUUAAGUAACCUACGGCUAUAGAAUUGAAAUGAUGUUUUUUUUUGUGUGUGUGAUAAUUCAGGGUUGAAAGCCGCUUAGUGAAUUUUUCUUUCUAAAAGAAAUGUAAGAGAUUUAAGGUGGUUAAAGCGCUUACCAAUAUGUCAAGAAACUUUUUUCGCUAAUUGGACAGAUGGGAUUUCUCUUUUGCAGAAAAUAUAGUUAGAGCCUGUAUUCUUACGUAUGACAGGUGCUUUAGGGACACUUAGAUGGUUUAACAUGACACCAAUUAUUGAUAAGCAAAAUAGCAAGUUUUUAUAUCAUGGCAAUUUGUUUGUGUGAGAGGUCAGAAAAUGUGAAAGAGAGCUUAGCGUCUUGUCGUUCAUAGAAAUUAUACGAAUAAGUAAGAAGUGUCCAGUUACCUGUUACCAGCUGUAGCAAGAGUCAUUAUCGAAACCUCGCGUUCUAAAAGAGUUCUUUUACCUCUUAAAUUUUUAACGAGAGAAAAGUUUUACUGACUAAUUAUGAACCAAGAGACCUAAGCGUGCUUUUUCAGGCUUUAACCAUAUUAGAGUAUGUUGUUUUUAAGAUCCCUUUUUUUUUGUUUGGUUAUUUCGUAUGGUCAGGAUAGUUUGCCUGUUUUCUUUUAUUUCGGUGUUCGGCGCAAGUCGAUUCCUGUGGAGGCACUUAUCGGAAGAAUGAGUAGGGGUGUGUCACUGAGGCCUUCAAAACCCUGCCCUUGUUUGAGUUAAAAAAAUAUUCAUUUCGAUAACCUUUUUAAGACAACACACCAUUUUCGAUGGCCCAUAUUUAUUUCAUUUCGCAUACAAAAUUAAUAAUGUUUUUAAUACGAUGCAAGGCAAUUAGGUCUUUAAAAAUUGUUGGUAUCCCACAAGGAGACCGCAAACCGCCGACGUUCACCCUCUUUUAAGGCUCAGUUCCGGAAAGACACCCAGUUCAAGACGCUAAUUAGUGGAUUAUGUAUCCUAUGCAGUGGUAUUUGCAUACAGGGGACCCACUUGGGACUAGGACAAGUGUCCCCUGAAUAGAAGUGUGUCAUGAAUGGAGAUUGGGCUGGGGUUUGUUAAUAAUUAACCAAGAAACAAAAUAUUUUUCUUAUACUUUGAAUUGCCUAAGAAUCUGCUGCAGUCUUUAUUUCAAGCAGCUACGUAGAUAAUGUACGUAUACAAAUUCACGAUUAACUUAUCUCUGCGAUGUUGGGUGUUAAAUUCUUACAAGUGAAGUGCAUCGAUUUCAGUGAGAUGUUUUGAAAGCUUCCAUUGUGACUAGUGAAUAUUUAAACUUAUCAAAGAUUUUUGUGGUCAGUCCCUUUUUGAUUGGUUUGAUGUCCCCGGAAUGGGGUUAAAGCCCAGGUUUGGGGCCCAGAAAAAGUGUUCCUUUCCACUGAAUAGAGGUGUCCCUUCAAUAGAGGUAACAAAUACAAUGAUAAUGUAAACAUUUUUCAAGGACCAAAAUAUUGUGUCCCUUGAAUGGACGUGUCACUUAAAUAGAGGUGUCACAAGAAGAGGUUCCACUGUAUUACACUCAAGCCCUCCCCCCCCCAAAACCAAACCCUAUUCACCUAUUCAGCGACACAUUCCUCUGGAGGCCAAAUAAGGGGGUUUUUCCCCCAGGAUCUAGGACUUGGGACAGCACUGAUGUCAAUGCCUUGCAUCUUUAUGUUGCAGCAAUGUUUUGGUCCAAGUCGCCAAGCGACCAGAAGUAAAUAUGAAUCCUCGCAAUGUUCGGUCAGCGGAGAGGGUUUAAACAUGGCAGUGGCUGGUAAACCUGCAAAGUUUACUCUACGAACCACAGGUCCAGAUCUCCUCUUCUUAGAGCUCCAAAUCACUCGAAUUCUUAAAGGUAAAGAAAAUCGCGCUAGUCUCACCGAGCCAAUUCCUGUAGAAUACGAAUGUUUGGGGCAGAAUCUUCACAGUGUAUGUUACUAUCCUAAGGACGAAGGUGAAUAUCACGUGGCUGUCACGUGGAAGGGGAGUCAUGUGGCAGGGAGUCCAUUUGUUGUUAAAGUUGUUAAAAGCGAACUUGGAGAGGCGGUAAGCAAGGAUGAUGUAUGGAAAUUAAGAGAGGAUAUCAAGUCAUCAAGACGUCGUAGAAAUGAUAAAGUUUAA